AUCAGGGGGUUUUAUUAUCAGCAAUUAUUAUGGGUUGAUUAGUUGACAAAACUUACGUAGGUUGGACCAUGAAAUUUUUAUUUGUAUUAAAAUAAAUGUAAAUUUUUUAAGCAACAAAACUUGAAAGAAAAAACUAGUUUCCCUUCUACACUCAGGAUCCCUUACGUGUUGUCUCUGACAGCUAUGAAAUUUAAAAACGGCAGAAUGUGUGCAUCCGUGUGGGAAAACAAAAUUGAAACGGCAGGAUGUGUGCAUGACCAGAGAAGAUAGCGUGGGUCUAAAGCGUAAUUAUUCUCUGCCUCUUACAGUCUGACUACCUCUUCAGAGAGAGAGAGAGAGAGAAAAUGGGAGGUUUAUUAUCAUCUUUAGUGGGAGGAGAAACAGUUGCUACAGGGAAUGAAACGGAGCAUAGUCGCGUCACUAAGUUUAGCUCAUCAUCUCGGUGGCAGCUUCACUUCAACGUGAUGAAAGAUUCGAACCAGCUGCUGGUGAUUGACUUCUACGCAACCUGGUGUGGGCCUUGUAAGUUCUUCGAGCCUGCGUUCAUCGACAUGGCUGUCAAGUUCACUGAUGUUGACUUCGUCAAGUUGGAUGUCGAUAAGCUUCCCGAUGUGGCUAAAGAGUUCAACGUGACGGCGAUGCCAACUUUUGUGCUGGUGAAACAGGGUAAAGAGGUUGACAGGAUCGUUGGAGCAAAGAAAGAUGAACUUGAGAAGAAAGUUAUCAAACACAGGACACAGUGAUCAUCAAGUUAAGAAAAAACCCUCUUUCAAAAUAUAAGCCAAUGUGUAAAAACUAAUAUAAAUAAAAUGGCUUUUGUUGAUUCCUUCUUUCUUGUCCUCCCCAUGUGUGUGAUUUGAUUAAAAAUGGUUUGUUGAAAAAGUUUGAACUCUUCUAUAUGAUGAUAAUUAAGUUUAUGCCUCGACUCUUGUAUC